GAUGCUCGGAAUUCCGAAGAUAUGACACCUUUGAUGUAUGCCUGCUGGGAGGGUCACCUUGAAUGUGUUUGAGUGUUGGUGAGCCACGGGGCUAAUGUAACCUUGACUGGCUCUACGGACUGGACUCCGUUGUUCUUUGCCGUCUGCGAGUAUCAGAUCGAGAUGGUGCGAUUUCUACUGCAGACCCCCGGCAUUCCGUCAUCAGACCGAAGGCGAAUGCUCAACACCCAGAACCACGAGAAGAAGGCCACGCCCCUGAGAGAGAGUAUAUAUUUUGGGGAUAAAGAAUGUACCAGAGAACUACUUGCCGACCCAGAUCUUGACAUGACCGUUGCCGACCUCGAGGGUGACACGCCAAUGCCAGCGAGCGUAGCAAUAGGCGAUUUUCCGACCCUCUUGCAGAUAUUUCAGAUGCCAAUGUAUAGCAUCACCGAUCCGCUCGAGUCCUCUCCCCGCCUAGCAACGCCCCGCGAACUCAAACGAGUGGAAAGGGCUUUACUGGAUGGAUUCUCUCGUCUCGAACCAUGGGAGUCAAAUCUCUUCAUCGUUAUGCAUUGGGCGGUAGUGAACGGCAGUCUGCCCUUGGCAAAGAAGUGCCUGGAUACUCUGCCAAUCCUCGUUGACUAUUCGGGUCCCAUGCAAGCAAAAUGGCUACAUAUUGCAUCGCGGUUUGAUCACGGCGAGUUGGCUAGAAACCUGACCACGUAUGGUGUCGAUGUCUACGCCACCACAGAGCGUGGCAUGACUGCCCUUCAUCUGGCUUGUGUAGGAGGACAUAGCGUCACGGUGAGAUAUCUCCUGGAGCACCUCACAAGCCAGGCGGGGAACCAGGCGCCAGGGCCGGGGGCUGCAACCCCGCGCGAAUGCGAUACAGCGAGAUUGAUUAAUUUCAUCAUGGCAGAUGACAAGCUUGGAGAGUCCGCAAUCAGUCUAUCUGCGAAGGCCAAGGGUAGAGGUACCAGUGACAUUUUGUGGGCGGAAAUCGAAACCUUUGCAAGCAACAGGGAGAACUUGAAAAGCUUCUCUCGCGCCGAUCUCGAGCGACUCUAGGAGCUUACAGCCCAAUUUGAGGAGCCUGGUAG